GCUGAUUGAGCAAUACCUUGUAGAGAAUCAGAAUAUUGCCAUGUAUGAUUGACUGACUGAUGGAUUUAUAUUUUCGUAGCCACAAGUAGACGAUAGUUAGGGAAGAAAAAGGAACAGAAAUAUACACGUUUAUAUAAACAAAAACAAACGCACGCUACUGGAAAGCAAAAGUGGUUCUGAGAAUCAAUAAAGUUUGCUGCCUUAUUUUAAAGCGAUUAAAACAAGAUAGUUCUUGAGUUUCGUUUUAAACGACUUUAUUGUGGAUGAUGUAAUAACAGCUUCGGGAAGGAUUAAAUUCUAGUCUGAAGCUGUUUGGCAGAUCAAUGUUUGUAGAACGGUUUCUGCUCUAGUAAAGGGAGUUUGUACUAUUCUCGAACGACUAAGACGGCUUGAUCUUCUAGAUUUGUCGUACUGGAUAAGUUUUAGUCUAGAUAAAGGAGAGAGGCCGUUAAGGGUUUAGAAAAAAUGUAUAAGACGAAAGUAUUUUCAUCUUAAAUGAAGCGCAGGCAGAUUCAAUCUUCUAAGUAAAUUUUGACCGGGAGUAGAAAAGUUUCGAGUGACCAUAUGAACUGCUGGAUGUUGGCUGGACUCAAGACGAGACACCUGAGUAAUGAAAGGGGUGUCAUAAAAGGCACAGGCAUAAUCUAGCUUAGUGAGGAUACAAUUCUUAUAGAUUUGAAGAUGUAUAUGAGCGGAUGCUUGUUUAAACUGUCCCUACGUAGCUCCAGGACGUUGCCGACAAGUUCGUGCUAGUACAAAUUCUCAUUGUUAUUCUAUGUUAUUUUUUUCAACGUAGUUAAGCUUGGUAAUGCUUGACUAAUAUUCAACCGAGUGAAUUCAUAUGUAUUCUUACCACAGAGUAUAAAUAACGACAGCGCAAAAUUUAGCAUUGUUUGAUUAUAUCUAACAUUAUUUUUUGGACAUUUUAAAUUCGAUGUUAUAUUAUUUAUUAAUGUUGUUAAAAAUCCUUCUUGAUGCUUAUCCAGGGAGAUAGUACUACUUUUAUAUAGGAAAUUAAUGCUUUCAAUAAUGGAUGUUUAAUUAUUAAUUUGUUCAAUGAUGAGCGUAGGAUAAGUUGGUUUGAUAUUCUAAUAUUUUUCCAGAAUAUUCUCAGUUAGACGUGUGACAGAAUGGUGAAAGAGUGUGACAUGAACAACUUGCCGAGCCCUCUCCAACGCACCUACUCCUGAAAUCUGGAAACCUUCUCGAAUAAAGAUACGAGUCCAAAACUGAGUUUUUUCUACGAGAGCAUAUUUCAAAAACUCAUACUUUCUGCAAACAUUCUCGGUGUGACGUGUGACAGAUACAAAAACUACUGUGACAUGCACAACUAGACGAGCUCGUUCCAAUGGUAUGUUCAGUAUUUAUACUAAUCCCAAAAACAUGAGAAAUACUGAAUGAAUGAGUAUUAUACUUACCAUAGCAGGAAAAUAUUUUCGAUGUGGCGUGUGACAAACUUAAAAGCUAGUGUGACACAUAGUGCUCAACGAGCUCUUUCGAAUGGUAUAUUAUGACUACUUUGUGUACAAGUGUGACGCAUGCAACUAUUCUAUUUUUGUUAUUGAAGUUUGAAAAUCAGGAAAGGCGCUCCGUUGAUCGUUUGCUGAGUACUUUGUUUUAUUUGCAAAAAAAGUUCUUUGAACCCUCAUUAUCGAGCAGAUUUAUUUUGAAGUGACCUUUUUAACAAAAGAAAAAAUGAAGAAGGAGAAAACCACCGAAAAGCACAAUUCAUAUAUUAAUAUUUGAUAAUUAUCGAAAAAUAAUAACAUAAUAAUGAAUCUUUAAUUCGCGAUGUUCGGAUUAGAGUUUCCUAUUUUCGAUAGAAACAGUCGCAUUAAUUCAUCAUUGAUUUCGUGGAGAGUAGUAGAUGGCUGAUAAUUUGGUUGUGCAGGGAUAUUUGUUAACUGUACAAUCGGCGACUGAGCGGAGGAAGAACAGCGAUAUUUGAAGAAGUAAAUAAGGGCUGCGACUCCUAUGAAGCCAAUAAUUCCUACAGCAAUAAUUGUGGGAAUUGUAUGCUGUGAUUUUAAUUGAACUGGGCCAAUAUUCCAAUUCAACAUAUUGUGCUGCUGAAUUACUAACUGGUCUUCUAACGAGUUAAUUAGAUCCACGGCACCAGUAUGGGGAUAUAAUUUGGCAUACUAACAUUUACAUGCUUUAUUCGGUCGAAUACACGCGUUAUCUCGUCGGAAUACGUUUUCAGAAUAUAGGGCUUAAUGUUGUUACACCUUUUUCCUCCUGCAAACGUAAUGUUACCUUCACAUGUUAAUAUUUCUUCACAACCAAGAUUUACGAUACCUAAAUCUUUAAUAUGAUGCCAAUCUAUACUAUUUAUCACGCAUGAUAAACUUUUGUUGGUAGAAAUAGCUAAAACACCAGGUGAAAUACGAACUACGUACGGCGAAGUAUACGAUGAUGGUUUUGUAUAGCACCUUUGCACACCUUUGCCGGCGACUAUCUCUUCUAAACAUUCAUUUUGAAUUCGGUUAUGUAUAACUGGAGGAUUUCGACACACGGUAUAAAUUCCAUAAUUACAAUUGUUUGCAUCAAGUUGCUCUAACCAUUCCAUGUAAGAUCCAUCUUCACCGAUGGCAAACAGUUUGGCAGACUAUAUAUCUCCACAGGUUUCCUCCCAUAAAAAUGCGGUAAUGUUAUAAUAGAAUAUAUUUGCGUAUAGACAUUUCCCGAUGUUUUCAGCUUGCUGAAAUAACUGAUAAAAACCAAAUUCCCCCAUUUGUUGUGUCACGAAUUUACUAACGUUAGACGCAGCAUUCAUUUAGAGGCCCAAAUUGAACAGAUUGAGCAAACAGCAUUCGAUUGAUGAACGUGGAUUUGGACUCUUGUAUAGUGGGAACAGAAUCGUUUAAUUUGGCGUAGGCCAUUUCGAUUAAUUCAUUUUGCUCAGACAUGGCCAAAAAAUCAAAACUGAGAUCAUUCUUUGUAAUGCGAUUCAUGGAUGACUUUAGUCUUUCGUAACAUUAUUAAUAAAAAAAUCGAACGUUGUCACGAGUUUGCUCGUCACUAACGUCUUGCAGAUUUUUGACCGCAGACAGAACGCCUGUAAGAGUUUUUUUCCAGUUGUUGACUAUUAAAUUCACUCUGUUCGAAUUUUUUUGCUAGUUGAACUGUCGUCUGAGUGACAUCAUACAGUGAACCUUGAACGGUGGCAAACUUCUGUGAAAAGUCUAACAUUGUGUUCUGUAACUGAUCCAUCCGAUCCGACAAUUUCUGAUUUGUGACAGAGUUGUAAACACCGAUACCACCGCCAACCAUUGCUCCGAUAACACCAACGAAACCCAAUAUAAGAGGUAGUAAUCAUUUUGAUCUAUUUUCGACUUCACUCCAGUUAUCAGAAGAUAAUGUUCCACGUUGAUGAUGGGACUGAGAAAGUUCCACAAGUCUGGCGUGAUAUUUUUAACACAUUACUAUUUUGUUUGACAGUUCCAUAGAUAUUAACGGACACAUGUGUUCGGUUAUUCGAACAGACAUCGCAAUAGCAAACAUAUCAUCAACUUCAAAAUAUUUUCCGAUCCUUAUUAAAACGACUCCAGACGUUUCGUCGACGAUUAACGGUUCUUCUCGAAUAAUAUGAUUAAAAAUUGAAUAAUUCUCACCGCCGACAAGAAAUAUCUCAUCCACCAAUAGCUUAAUAGCAAUGAAUACAAUACUCGUCUGUUUUGUAACAGCCAUCUAAUUCGACCGUUGACAAUUAUUGAAUUUAUAAUUUAUGAAAAUAGAUUAUAUUUAGUACAAACUACUCGUCUUUUAAUGAUGUUUUAUAAGAGUAACUUAAGAGAGAGUGAUGAUGGCAUAUACAUUAAAAACUUGUUUGCCGUGAGAUGAAAGAUGUUAUGAACUCAACUAUUAUACGAUCAUUUUCUAAAUAAUGUUUAAUGGAAUUAAAAAAAAUUCAGUGAAAAAACGGAUGAUACAGAUAAUCGUUGGGGUUUGAUUGCAGUUACUGAUGGUUUUUUGGCCGGCGUCAAAAAAUUGGGAAACGGUUAUCGUGAUUUGGAUCAUGAUGAAGUAGGUUUCAGAUCAGAAGAUUCAAUUUGGGGUAAACGUGCCAACGAAAUGGGUCCAUUACGAGUUUUUGAAGAGAACAUUGAAAAAGCUAAUCCGAGCUUGUUAGAUGCUGGCAAUUUUACUAGUUGUCCUACAAUAACAGCCAUAAAGGCUAUGGCGGCUGAAUAUCGCCAAGAAAAUCAGUUAGAUCAAGAUUAUCACAGCGAAGUCAGACUCUUGUCUCAUGCCUUGGAUAUUGCUGAUACAACCUCCAAUACUUUGAAAGUCAAACAUGGAAAAGAACAGUUUAAUGAUUUUGAUUUACGCGUUAUGGGUUACCGUAGAACGCAGAUAAAUUCUGCUGUUGCUGAACAUGAUGUUUUAAUAUUUGUGGAAAAUACACAAUCAUUUGCAUUUUUACUUGAUGUCGGAAACUGGCCUGUGCAACUUGUUGGAAAAGAAUAUAGUCGAAAGAUGCCUUCUAUUCCUCCUCAAUUAUCUGGUGUUAUUCAAAACGGUGCUUUUAAUGUCGAUUGGGAUGAAUUUGUUCAGGAUAUUAAACGUCAAUAUGCUCGAGUGAUCAAUUUCGAUACUGUUCGUAAUGAAUUUUUGGAAGGAAAAUAUGUAUAUGUGCAUUUUAUGCGGUAUCCAGUAGUGGAAUAUAUGGCUUUGACUCAAGUACUAAUAUUUUCUCGAUGUAUGCAAAUUGGUCACUUCCAGAAAAAUUGUCCACAAAAAGAUGAAGUAACUUGUAAAAGAUGUGGAGCAAAAUGUGCUGAUAUCAAAAAGCACGAAUGUCAAGGUGUUCCUAAAUGUAUUCGUUAUGGUGGAGAUUACAAGUCCAGUGACACUAAAUGCCCAAAAGUUAAAGAUUAUCGAGCCGCUUUAACUCGUACUCUUCCAGCAACAAGAAAUAAUGUUCAAGUUACUCAACCUGUAUAA